AUGUCUGCCCUACACAUUUCAAUGGCACAGUUUUGUGUCUGCGUCGGCGUCAUCGCGGUUAUAUGCUUGACGGGACCAGGGCGGGUCUACGGCGAGCCGCCUGGUGCUCCGCCGCACUCACCGGAUAACGGCGCCCAGGUUUGCGACCAGGCCACCGGCGAAGAACCAGAGAAACGAAUUCAGCUCACCCUUGACGAUGAGAAGGAGGCCGUUUCCUUCAAGUGCACCGCAGACAAGACGAAGGUGGUGCUUGAGCCGAACCCAGCGAAAUCGAAUGUUUACGUCGGUUCGGAUUGUUCCCCCGCCUCAAAGAAAGAGUUGCAGUCUGAGCUUCUUAGUGCCGAACUAACGGAAUCACCUGAAGGCGAUCAGGGCGAUAACACUGUGAAAACCUACACUCUACGUCUUUCUCCGGAGAAACGCAAGGAGAUAAACCUCUGCUAUGUAUGCAAGAUUACGAAGGCCUCGGUGGGUCGCAGCAGAGGUCGUUCCGGUCCGGAUGUUCAAGAAACGACUGUCUGCCAAGUCCAUAUCGCCGUUAAAAAGCCCAAAGCAGAGCAAAGCGGUCCUGAUCAACCGCACGCAAGUGACCCUAAAACGGAAUGUCGAAGUGGAUCUGUGACGGCAACUGCGUCCAAAGAAAAGCCCCUUAGUUUCAAGUGUGGGGAUGGGAUGAUGCUGACGCCGACUUCACUAACUAAAGUCUUUGACGACAAGGACGAGAGGUGCGAGGCGGAGACUGACCUGCAGAGCCUAUUUGAUGGUGAACUGGAACAAGGAAAAUUAGGCGACGGCACAUAUACCCUCAAUGUUAAGAAACCGCCUGCUAACACCACACCCAUCUGCUACCAGUGCGUGCGAGAGGCCGGUGGCACUGACAGUAGCCAGGUGCCGCCCCCGCGAGGUGCUGGAAUGGUGGAUGGAAAGUGCCUGCUGAAGAUUUCUGUUGCCGGAACAUCCGGCAUAUCGUCUUCCGCAGGCCUUUCCGUAAGGCAUCUUCUGAGUGGUGGAGGUGUCGCAGCGGCACUCCUUUUCAUGGCUGUAUGA